UCUCUCAGAUUCUCGCACAAUCAACAAUAAAAUUAUAAAAUGUCUGUUGUAGAACCACCAAAGCAGCUUCUCGUCCCUUUAAAAGUCGAAGAAAGGCUUUUAAUGGGUCCGGGGCCUUCGAAUGGCCAUCAAAAGGUUUUAAACGCUUGUGCUCAGCCAAUUUUGGGCCUUUUAGAUCCGCGAUUUUGUGCGAUCAUGGACGAAGUUAAGAUGGGCUUGCAGUACGUUUGGCAGUUCGCUCUUAGCGGUACUGGUCAUGCCGGGGUCGAAGCGUCCAUUAUUAAUAUGACUGAGAGAGGAGAGAAAAUAUUGAUUUGUGUCAACGGGAUUUGGGGCGAAAGAGCUUCGGAUAUGGCCGAAAGAAUUGGUUGUGAUGUGAGGAAGAUAGAGAGACCAAUUGGUGAAGUCUUUACCUUAGAAGACAUUAAAAAGGGAAUAGAGGAACACAGACCAAGCGUAGUUUUCAUCGCCCAUGGUGAGUCUUCUGGUACAACAUGUCAGCCUCUUGAAGGAAUUGGAGAACUCUGUCAUAACAAUGAUUGUGUUUUAAUUGUUGAUACUGUGGCAUCACUUGGGGGAUCAACAAUCAAUGUUGAUGAGCUGGAAAUCGAUGUUAUAUAUAGUGGCUCACAGAAAUGCUUAAGUGCCCCGCCAGGGCUAAGUCCAAUAUCACUUAGUCCCAGAGCAUGGAAGAAAUUGCAAUCCAGGAAAACUAAAGUGCCCUCAUUCUACUUUGAUCUCACAAUGAUUGCAAAUUACUGGGGUUGUGAUGAUGGACCACGCAGAUACCAUCAUACUGGACCAACAAAUUCGGUAUAUGCUUUGCGAGAAGCUCUUUCACUUGUGGUUGAAGAGGGUCUUGAAAACUUUAUUGCAAGACAUCAGAAAUGUGCUGAACUUUUACGCGAAGGUUUUGAGAAAAUGGGGUUCACCUUAUUUGUACAAGACAAGCGCCAUCGCUUAUCCACCAUCACUGGAGUUGUUAUUCCACAAGGAGUUGACUGGAAGAAAGUUUCAGCAUUCAUUGGUGAAAAAUAUAAAAUGGAUAUUUCAGGUGGUCUUGGAAGAUCUGCUGGAAAGAUAUGGCGUGUUGGUCUGAUGGGGUUGAACAGUACAAAAGAUAAUGUAAAUCUUGUACUAAAAGCCUUCAAGGACGCAAUGGAAAACGUGAAAUUACAAAACAAUCUAUAAUGCGGUUGAAUGUUUUAAACUUGGUCAGCUUUGCAGCUCAAAUGGUAGAAAUUCAAUCCGUGAAUGUGACAGUCAGGGUUGUGGUGAUUUCGGAACACCAAGAGGCUCUCGUACACACAAUGGUGUCGACAUAAUUUGCAAACCAGGGAGUUCUGUCAUGACACCAUUUGCUGCGAAGAUCUGACGAAAAUCACGUUCUUAUUCAAACAACAACAAACCAUAUAACAAUGGAUUGUAUAUUC